UUUGACAGUUCUAAUGUAACCAGUGGUCAUCAUAUUUUUUUACCUCCUUGCAUUUUGAUACCAAAAUAAUAAGUUAUUCGCAAAGUGGUAUUACGUGAACAACAUGAAAAUAAGAGCCCACGCAUUUCGGAAAAGGUGGAAUGAAACCCGCUAGCAUCGACUGAUAUGUCAACACGCAGCAGCGCGACCGCGAACCGAGCCCGGCGCGGUCACAAGGAGCGCUCCAAGAACUUCACCGAGCUUGAGAAGAGGACGGUGCUCGAGCUGAUCAGCCGGCACCGGGACGUGCUGCGGCAAGGCCGGUCCAACAGCGCCACCAACCGGAGCAAGCAGCUAGUGUGGUCGACCAUAUGCGAGGAGGUGAACAAACGCUGCGGCGGCGAGCGGCCGCGCACUCCUGCGCAGGUCAAGAUGUGGUACGAGAACUACAAGAAGAAGUGCAAGAUGCGCGCGCACGACUCCCAGCAACCACAAUCCGACCCGCAGGGACUCCUCGACGGCAUGUUGUGGCAAAGUCUGCAUCCUCUAGAAGUUAAAGAUGAGGACGCCGAUGCUGCGACGAGCGUAGAGGGCGCUCACAGCGGGAAAGACGACGACUGCGUGCCGGUUAACAUGUCAAACGGCCGACUUUCAAGCGCGAACGACAGCGACGACACGAUGCCAAACGUACUUGAACCCCAAGUCCAAAUCAUCCCCCAGUCAUCCCCAACACCCCCCUUAAAACCCUCCAUGAUCCCCCCACACAUACACCUAGCGAACUCCCUACAAGCCAUCGAACAAGCCAGAAUACAACAGAAUUUACUAAAAUUUAGCGAUUUUUCUAACACCCCACUAAAUUUAAGCAAUCUAGACGAGGAUAAGAGAAAGAAUGGGCACGAUAGAGUGAAAGAGACGGAAGAACAGAUAAAACACGACUGUGGAACGGCGACGGAAGAAGAGAGGUUAUAUUUUACGGCUAAAAGGCAACAUGCUAUAUGGGAACACGAGGUUAAAAUGAAGAUUUUAAACAUGGAGUUGAGGCAGAAGGAAGAGAUUUUUUCAUUGCAAAAACAACUGUUUUUGAUUGAGUUAAAACUCAAAAUGGAGUUUUUGGAAAAGGCAAACGCCAAAUAAGAUAAUUUGCUCUGGCAGUAACAAAAAAUAAAGUAUUAAAAAAAAAUAGGAAUAAAAUUACAAAAAUAUUCACUAAGUCUGUCCAUAGAGUAAAAAAUAAACGCUGUGGUCCUUUUGGCUGGCAACACUGAGCGAUUAUCAACCAAUCUUGACUAUUCUACUUGGUGUUGCAAUGGCAAAGAAUUUAGUUCAUGAAAAAUCAGUUUCAUAUACACAAGGUACAUCUAUGAAAUCAACGCCACAGUUGUUUACAACAAAAUUGUGAUUUUUAGGCGUAACGUGUUAAAUUCAAGCACCUAGUGUGCGUUAAGUGUCCUUUUUUUCAAGCGGUUAAUAGGUUGAGAACAUUCUGUGAAAAUUUCCAAUGUUUGCCUAUUAUGGAACCUUAAAAAAAAGAUAUGUAUUUAGUAUGAUUAAAAAUUAAAGCAAAAUUUCAGUAUUUUUUAAACAGUCGUACGCGCAACACAAUAGACAAUCUUUUGACGAACGCAUUUGCACCGUAAGUUUACGAGACGAUACCUUAAAUAAUAUACCUAUAUAUGAUAUUUUCGGUCAUAGACUGCCAGAGUUAAUACACAUUAAAGUAAGGAUCGGAAAGGUUAAAAAAAAGCAGUAAUAGUUUUACAAAAAUACGACUGAAAUUUUAUAGCCACGGUCAUAAUAGAAGAUUAUUAUGACUGUGCCUUUGACAUGAAUCAAAUGCCGUAAGGAGACUUGAUUAAAAUGCGACACCAGGGUUAGUAACACACUCGAUGUCAUCAAGUCGUGAAAACAUAACACUCGUUUUAUACAGUCGUGUAAAAUGUAGUCUUCCAUACAGUAAUGCUCAAAAGCUUUACGAAAACCUUCCGAUAGCAAUUUUAUCUAGUUUUUUGUGCCAUUUUUAUUGUAUAUUUUAUUAAAUGGUAGGGACAAUGGUACAGACAUCUUUGCCUUUUAAAAAGUAUGUUGGUUAGUCUAUGGUCUGAAGGGUAUUAUGGUACAUGUUCAUACAUUACGUUCCAAAUUAGAAAAUAAAUUAAAAUUCUAAACAUUAAAUUUCAUAGCUCAUCACAAAACAGUCAAUCUGGUAGGUCGACUGUUUUGUGUGUGUCUGCGAUUUUGGACCUUAUUAACAUAACUUUCCUCUUAUAUUUAGUUUAUUUUCCGUGCAAAUUUAUUGAAAAUUAUCUAAAUAAGUGAUGUCAAUAAGGUACUAAUCCUAAAGUUAUGUUUUACUUGAAAAUACUAAAUUGAAAUAUAUAUUUUUUGCUUGUUCAUAGGAAACGUAUUUGACAAGUAUCAGAACAUCGUACCAUACAGUUUGAAAUGUGAUCAAAAGAGUACAUUAUUUUUGUAAUCGUUAUUUUGCAUAGAUUAUUUUGUAUGUUAUUUUUUUUUUUUUUAGUUUUUAGGUUUUCAUGUAUAAGAUACUGGCGUAUGGUUCCAACGUCAACGUCAUGCUGCAUAAAAAAAUAUAUUUAAAAAAAUUCCAAAUUUAAAUCAUCAUAAUAAGCAAAAUUGUGUUGUGAUAUAUUUUUAAUUCCGAUUCUAUUUAAUUUUGAUUUUUAUGCCAGCAUUAUAUCUAUAAAUUAUAGAAUAUAAGACGCUUUCUCUGAAACCACACAACAGUAGAUUUAUUUAUAUAUCUGCGCUGUGCAGUUCUUCAUAUAGUAUUAUUUUUAUUACGGCAGCUAAUGCAUAAUCCUUUAAAAAAACUGCCAACGCAUUAUAUUAUAAUCAUAACAUGUUUUAGAUUAUGCUGAUGUACAUUUUUAAAAAAAUACUUUUUUAAACGUCACUGUCAUUUAAAAAAAACAUAGGGCGAUAUUUGUUUCAUCAUUAUAUAUUUAAGUUAUAAAUUGUAUAGUCUAAAACAUGUUAGAAGCUAGAAAUAACUGAACACUAUAUAAAACAUAUGUAUAGUAAAAAAAAUAUCUUAUUUUUUUUCUUUACAAUAGUUGACGUCCUGUUAACUAUUUUUUAUUUUCCAGGUUAUGUUGAGUGGCCAGUAUAUUCUAACUUCACUUGUUAUUGUUUUAAUAAUUUAGUACUUAGAAUUAUAGUCCAAAAGGACUUUAAGAAUAGGGAUUUAAAAACCCAAUUUUACGGGGUCAAUGUACUUUUGACGCGUGUCAAGUGUGGCAAACUAUACCUAGUCUCACCAUAUAUAGUUAUAUGAAAUAGUUAUAUAUGUAAUAUAUUACGUUAAGUAAUAACUACUUAUGGCAACAGGUUGCAUGUAUUAUAUGAGUAUUUUUAAAUUUUAAAAAUAUAUGUAGGGUUGCGUUUGAUUUAUAUAUCUAUUUUGAUAUAAGUAUUCUUAACGCAACGAUUAGGCCCAUUAGGUUAUGUUUAGACCGAAUUUAGUGGGAUACUUUGCAAAAAAUGCUUUUUAAUAUAUCGCAUAUAAAUCUUUUUUAUAUAAUUGUGUUAUGUUUAAUUUAUGUUUUUCUUUUUCAAAGUAAACCGCUAAAUAUGUUGCCGAGACAUUAAUUUUAAAAAGUGAUAUUAUUAUAGCUUAACCUACAUUCAUUAACUAAUUCAUAUAAUUAUAUAUACAUCAGUCAGUGCCAAUAAUUAAACCAUUGUUAUUGUAAUUGUAACAUAAAAUAUAUUAGUUAUUACAUACAUAAGGAUACGCGAGAAAUACGUAAAAAUUGCGGAGACAUAAAUUCGACAUAUAAUGAUAUUAUUAGCGUUAUAGAAAAACAGUUUAUAUAAUAUAAUAUAUAUAUAUAUAUAACAGUACAAAGUAUGUUAUAAUACCUCAAUAAACAGUGUAUUGUAAAUAUGUAGGUUAGAUGUAAAAUUUUAGAACCAUUUAUUGUAAAAGGAGGUGGCUUACACCUUUCUUAGUCUGGGUUGCCAGUACAUACUCAAUAAUAAUAAUAAUAACUAAUAGAAAUUACAUAAAAUAACGCAUUAUACGGGGGUAUAAAAAAAAAUCUAUGCUCAAUUAUGGAACUGGCAACACUAGCGGUGUACGUUGCCCUCCGGACAUGGCAAUACUUCGAAAUUCUAUUAUACACUUUUAGCGACGAUGUGAUGUAUUUUACGAUCUCAAUACAAUUAAAAUUUUUACCUCUCUGGUUUUUAACUCUUUAUUGUCUAUGUGCUCAGAAAUCUGAAAUUUACCACUGACCAUAGACAUAGUGAUUUUUGACAGAUAAGAAUAUAUAGUUGUUGAGUUUAAGUGAACUAAGCAAUCGUUACGUUCCAAAAAAUUAUAUUUUUCGGACGAAAAUGACCCGUUUGUAAUAUGUGACAUUACGCCAUCGUAAUGUCUAUCUCAAAACGUCAUUUUCGCAGAAUGGCGUUCACUUUUUUCGCAUGAGUCCUAUUUUUUUUAAAUUGCAAAAACGGCAUUAGAUAUUUUUCUUUUAUCUAUGGAUAUUAUCCCCCUUAUGUUUUUCAGAUUUCUGUGUCGAUGUGUGAUUAUAAAGUGAUAAAAAUAAUAUGUAUUUUUAAUGUUUUAUUUCGAAAAAUUAAGUUAAUCUGAUUAAAUUGGAUAUUAUUGAAAUUCAAUAAAGAAUUUAUUUUCUGUUUCA